AUGGCUCUCGGAGUUGCCCUAUCUGUCUGCCUUUUAUUCAAUGCGAUGGCAGCAUUUACUGAAGAGGCAAUCAUCCCUGUAACCCCACCAGUCACCGUCCAGCAAAGUAAUGAAACAGUGAACACAACAGAAGCUGACCAUACAGAAGGACCUAUAGCCUUGAAGUUGUCACCCUUUUGCCUAGAAGACCACAAGAGUUACUGCAUCAAUGGCGUUUGUGCAUUCCACCAUGAGCUGGAGAAAGCUAUCUGCAGGUGUUUUACCGGCUAUACUGGAGAAAGGUGUGAACACCUGACUUUAACGUCAUACAUGGUGGACUCUUAUGAAAAAUAUAUUGCAGUUGGAAUUGGUGUUGGAUUACUAUUAAGUAGUUUUCUUGCUAUGUUGUAUUGCUACACAAGAAAAAGGUGCCUAAAAUUGAAGUCAGCCAAGUGGAAAUCACCUCAGAGCAUCUGUUCCAGAAGGAGAUCGCUGUGA